CAGGACAGCAGUGAUGACAUUGAGGAUGUGUCUCUCUUUGAUGCGGAUGAUGAUGUAUCCAGGAGAUCAAAGAAGUCAAAAAUAAGGCAUCCAGUGGCAUCAUUUUUCCACUUAUUCUUCCGAGUCAGUGCGAUAGUUGUCUAUCUGCUCUGUGAGCUCUUAACUAGCAGCUUUAUUGCCUGCAUGGUGACAAUUAUCCUCCUCUUGUCGUGUGACUUUUGGGCUGUAAAGAAUGUCACAGGGCGACUGAUGGUUGGCCUUCGCUGGUGGAACCAGGUGGAUGACGAUGGUAGAAGUCACUGGGUAUUUGAAGCCAGGAAGGCAUCAGCACAAGGGAGUAAAACCUCAUCAGAAGCAGAGUCCCGAAUUUUCUGGUUAGGUCUAAUUACCUGUCCUAUGAUCUGGGUGAUAUUUGCUUUCAGCGCUCUCUUUUCUUUCAAAGUGAAAUGGCUGGCAGUGGUUGUGAUGGGAGUGGUGCUUCAGGGAGCAAACCUUUACGGUUAUAUCAGGUGUAAAGUUGGCAGUAGAAAGAACUUGACAAGCAUGGCGACCAACUAUCUUGGGAAGCAGUUCUUGCGGCAGACUGUGGCUAAAGAGGACCAAGCAGCAUCUUGAGCGUGGUGGAAGCCUCAAGCCAGACUGGAUCCACAGUGGUGGACGACAUAGAAUGUUGCUCUGACCAUGAGAUUUGGGAGCUGCAUACGUGAGGUGUGAAUUAAAAGAAGUAAAUAAAUUGUGCAAGACUUCAGGUUAACACUUCUAGCAACUUAUAUUCAAUUUUCCACUAGCAGUUUGUGUUUCAGUCCUUUGUUUAGUUUGAUUAAUCAGAAUUAAUUUGCCUAAACCUUAAAUUAAAAGUUAUCUUAGGUGGCUGUCAUACAGAUUUAGAACUCCUGGAUGAAUUAAGAGAAAAUUGCUGAACAUCCUCCUUCAGAAAAACCAUGCACAAGCCGAGCCUUCUGUUAUCCAAGAACUCCCCCAACUCCUCCAGCAGUUGGUGCCUCAAAUACUUUCAGUUGUGGAUUUUGCUGCAUUUUGUUCUUGGAGGCCAUUGCUGCUUCUGUUAAGGAGUUUAGGUAGUGCUCUUUUGCCUCCACGCCUCUCUCAUUCUGUGAUUUUAACAGCACUGAGGUGGUUACAGUGAAGGACAUCUAAAAGGAAAUAUUGCUGUU